CGCGCCGGCUUCACCUGUUUGUAAAUUUACAUAGAUAAAUUUCUGUAUGCGUAUUUUGUAAGUACUUCUAAAAUGUAGUCCUUCAUAUGAUAAUGGUUCUGUUAUUUUUCAGAUUUUGUAUCAAUGGAUAGUCAUAAAGAGUCUCACCACUUUCCAUUCAUCGCAUUACGUCAUCAGCGAUUUCCGCAUAUUUUCCAAGCUGACCCGACAGGCAUUGCGAAGCUAGCCUCCCGCGCUUCGCCACGCUCGGAGUGUCGUCGUAAUUCGUCGGCAAGUGAGCCCGCUGAAACUCACAUCGAGACAGCGUCCCGUUGGCUGUUCAUGAGCAUCAAAUGGGCGAAAAGUCUGCCAUAUUUUGCCGAGCUUUACUACCCAGAUCAGCUCGAACUUUUGCGGCAAAAUUGGAGCAAGUUAUUCCUGUUUAACCUCAUGUACUUCGAGAUGGUUCCGAAGCCGGAUGAUUCCGAAGAUGACGUCAGUGGCGCCCUGAGAGAUGUGUUUGUGCGAUGGAGUGAGGCAAACCUGAGGCCUGAGAUUCCGGGAAAGAUUGAGCAUAGUUUAGAGAAAAUACGUCGUUUGCAUAUGGACGAGACGGAGACAUUGUUAGUUAAGUCACUGCUGCUUUUUAACCCAGGUAUGUACUGAUGUACAUUAUUUUUCAAUAGCGAUCAGUCGACAUAACAUGCUUCAAACACUGAGCUGUCUUUAUAACUGGAGCAAGAACUUCAGUCAUUCAUUCGGCCUAUGAGCUGUGUGACCAGAUUUGGUAAAAAGUUUUACUUUUGGUAAAAUUUCGUGAAUAUUCCGAAUGGAAAGCGCCCAUGCAUAGAUACAAUACAAUACAAUUUUAUUUAAACACUGUAAAAAUCUUCAGUUUACAAAUGGUAAGUAUAUGAUAAAUUAAAUAAAUAUAAAAAUACCAUGAACUGGUUUACAAGAUUGCUGUGUGGAAGUCGGGUAAAUUACUAGUUACUAUUAAUAAUAUUCCGCUAUUGCUUUCCUAAAUUGGGCAAAUGAUUGUAGUUUUCUUAUAUCUUGGGGAAGACUAUUCCAAAGAACUGCCCCACCAUAGCAAAAGCUUCGUUUUAGGUAACUCGUUCGUGGCUUUGGCAAAUUUAACCGUAUUUCGGAAUUUCUAGAUAUGAGCUCACUGGUUUCAACAUUGUUCAUUUAGAAACUGAAGGUUUGGUGGACGCGUCACAAGUACAGGUGACACAAAACAAAUGCCACAGAGCGCUGGAGGAACACGCUUCAUCGACAAACCCAGGAGAACGAGACCGCAGUGGUCGGAUACUUCUCACCAUACUGACUUUGAGUACAUUUGAAGAACGAGAUAUCGAGGCCAUGUUUUUGUCAGCUGUACUUGGCAAUGCAACAGUCACCUCUCUUAUGGAAAAUAUCUUAUGUGCGGAUACAAUGUAAUCUUGUAACAUCAAGUAUUAGACUUGUUUGACCAGCAUAACAUGCGACAUAAAAUGCAGGUCGGUUUGUAAGGGAUUUUAUGAAAGAAUGAUUUUAUAGUUAAUUGCUGAAGAUGGUGCAAACAGAAUCGAAAUAUACAGUUGAAUUAAAAUGAACUGGUACUUUCUAAAUAAUCUGAAACCUUUAUGGUUCAUUUUAAAACAGAAUGGGGUUAAAUUCUAACAGUGCUUCGUUGUAUAUAUGCAUUUAUACCAUUAAGCUGCGGAGCUUCCCCAUUGACAAGUAAAAUAAAUCGUUUGGCGUUAGACAAGUAAAAAAAAUAAGUAGGGCGCACUGGGCGCAUUGUGACCCAAUGGGUUAACUAGAGACAUUGUCAGAUUUUUUGGUUAAUUAACCCAUUAAGCUGCAGAGCUUCCCCAUUGACGAGUAAAAUCGUCUGGCGUUAGACAAGUAAAAACAAUAAGUAGGGCACACUGGGGCGCAUUGCGGCUCAAUGGGUUAAUAUUAAAUGAUGUGUGUAGCAAUCAAUCAAACCACUGUUCUAUAUAUAUAUAUAUUUGCAUAAUUUUCGAUUGGCUUAUCGACGAAUUAUCGCAAAGUUUUUUUUUGUGUUUUUUUUUUUAAAUCCACAUAAACAAAUGGUUUUUGUUACUGAUUUACAACCCCUUUACCAAUUUAUAAAGUAAUGUCAUCAACUUUUGGUGUAUUAGCUGUUAAACCGGUCGCUCGAAGAGGGUCGUUUUGUAUAAAAUUCUGUUAGUAUUACUAAAUAACACUCAUAUAGACUUCUUUCAUAAUAGACUUAUCGCGAACUAUCCAGAAAUGCUCGACUUUACUGCACUUCCGGUUGUGAACACCAGGGGCUGGUUGUAUAAAAAAGUGAUUAAAGUUAACUAUAGUUAGUGGAAACGUCAUCCAAUAAGAAGCGCGUAUUUGAGAGUUAAACGUUAAUCACUAUUAUCCAGGUGAUCUCGUGUUCGUAUUUUAGCCAAUCAGCGCUCAGAAAGGAUUGUCCGAAUAGAAAUCCAUUUUGAUGUAUUCAAUCAAUUAUAUCUUUCGUUAUUCUUUAUG